GAAUUCCUGAGGUGUCCUUGCCGCUGAUCUCGACCCAAGUCUGCCCUCUUUCACGCGCCCUGCAAAAGGCACACCAGGAGCAGCAGGCGCUCUGUUGGCAGGGGUCCCGCAUCGUCUGACAAGAUGGGUCGCGUCAGGACGAAGACCGUCAAGAAGGCGUCCCGGGUUAUCAUUGAGAAGUACUAUGCCCGCAUGACGCUGGAUUUCCAGACAAACAAGAAGAUUGCGGAGGAGGUCGCUAUCAUCCCAUCAAAAAGGCUGCGCAACAAGAUCGCUGGAUUUGCCACGCAUCUGAUGAAGCGCAUCCAGCGGGGCCCGGUGCGCGGCAUCUCGCUGAAGCUGCAGGAGGAGGAGCGCGAGCGCCGCAUGGACUUUGUGCCCGAGGAGUCGGCGGUCAAGACCGACGUCAUCGAGGUUGACCGGGACACCAUGGACCUGCUGCGGUCGCUCAACCUGGCGGGCUUGCCGGGAGUCGUACAGCAGGCUACCCCGGCCCCCGGUGCGGGCGGGUUCGUGAAGCCUCCUUUCCAAGACCGCAACCAGGGCGGGCCCAGGAGAGCGUAAAAGUAAAGCGGAGUGCAACUUCUGACGUUGGAACCUUCGCCCUUUGUACCUUUCACUGUAACACUUCUUUCUUCCACCCUUGGAUCUGGCACUGAGCUUGUUGCUCAUCGCAACCGUAAGCGCUCAGCUCGAGGUCGACUCUGCGGAUCGGUUCAGGGCAGACGUCCAUCAUGUUAGCGAAGCUACUGUAAAGUUUCUGUGUGGGCGUGAGCUGGGCGGUGAUGGAUGCUUUCAGACGGCCUCUCAAUCGAGUCAGUGGUUGUCAUUGACUCCAGCCUGAGACACCACAUGUCAACCUGAGACACCAUGUCAGCCUGAGACACGGUGUUCAAUUGGAAUUGGAAUACACGGCU